AGAAAAGCUGGUGGAAGAGGAAAGAUCAGAUUUCAAGAUCAACGAGGCAAUGAGUCUGCAUAGGGAUUCAAUGGUCCCGGUUAACUCCAGGUUAGAGAACAUGGACUCUCCGAUUCUCUCUAAGAUUUGUGCGUGGGGCGUAAUGCUGGGGCUCUUUGCGCUUUCAUUAUUCGCUAUGGCCUAUGCUUGCUAUCAUAAGCAAACUUCGAAUUCAUGCAUCGAAGAGAAACAAGGAAAGAAGCAAGUGUUGAAGCCACUAGAUAUGGAACCAAAGAUUGUUGUAAUAAUGGCUGGUAAUGAAAACCCUACCUUCUUUGCUAAGCCAACCCAGAUCAAUGCAUGACCAGUAUUGUCUUAAAUGAUCAUGAUGUCAAAAAUCACAAGAUUAGUGUUAUAUUUUUCCAUUCAUUCGCUGGACGAGACCAUUAAUAUUCUACUGAUAUAUUUAUAUAUACUUGAUUAAGUUUUCUAUAAUAAUUUUUUUAUUUUUCUUUGUUAACUUUUCAAUAAG